AUGAAAGAUAGCGUGGUCGUCAACCUAAUCCAAUGGCCAAGAUUUUCAAAGGUCAUCCUUUUUCUUGUGCUGACAUUGGACAGACGAGAGCUUAGCGGUAUUAACCAGCCAGUUAAAAGCUGUCCUGGUGGCUGUUUUGGCUUUUUCAUUGUUCAUGGGACUUCGCUUAAGUUCAUUGCCCAAGCUUGGACUCUCGAAUUUACUUUUGGGGCGCCUUUUCGAGUUGCAAAACACAACAGAAAAACUUUCCUUCCAUAUGACACAAUAUCUCCAUGGAGAUUUUAUUUCGAUCGAGGGGAAAUGGAAAGAUGUCUGGAGUCAGAAUCCUCCUCAUGGAAGGAGCUCGAAGAUGAUUACAUUGGUUUCGCCGCCGGCUUCUGUCGACUCAGGAGUCAGAACUCAGGACUGAGCGCAGAGAACCCUGUUGAUCAGACACUAGCGUUAUACACUCGUGUUAUAGCAGCGUACACUCAUUGCAAUCAGGGUGCAAUAAUUUCAGUCCGUUUCUUAGGGGCGCAAGGGUUUUCCCUGUUAGGUGUGGAGGAAGUCGUCCACCAAGUUGAACCACAGCGCCGGUGUCCAUCUCCACAUAUUUUCAAGGAACCUCAUUAUCGACCAAAUUACCUUCGGGAUCCAGGUACUGCCCCAGCUCGCCAUGGUCAAGUGUGGCUGUCUCCUGGAUUUCGAUGGAAUUGCCUUUUACGAUGCGUAUCACAGAAAUAUUUCAUCAUCUGGUUCAAACUCAUUCUCCCCUCGAACGCCACAAUGGCUUCCUGGAAGAGGAUUUGGAAGCUUGCCCCGCAGAAUAAAAACAUGCAACCGUUAUUUGAUUAUGCGUUGACCUGGUCUCCACUGAUCACCACCGACGGGAACCAGGAGGAAGCUCCCUUAUCAACCCCUGAUGCCCCGCCUCAUAAUGGUUGA